AUGCCACCCCGCACGAGCUACAAUCCAGUCCCCAUGCAGCAACCGCUGCUUGACACAUCCAACCCAGCCCAGAUGCUGCAGUACCGGCAGGCGAGCUACAUGCCGCACGUUGCAGGCCGCAAGCCAGUCAUCAAGCAACAAUCGUUGCUUGGCACCGUCAGCCCAACCAAGACUCAAGCAAUGAGUGCGAUCGAAAGCAGUGCACAGCACAUGCACGCAAGCUACAUGCCGUCGCCGUCAAGCCAACAGCCGCUAAUGCAGCCCUCGCUGCUUAGCACAAAACGGCCAACCGAUAUUCAGACGACUUCUGCUGUCUCCAGUAGUGUGCAGGUGAUGUUCACGCUGCCGACAGCCAUGAGAAGCUGCAAACCAUACGCUAUGUAG